AUGGCUGCACGAUCCGUUAUUAAAUAUUUACGUCCGAAAACUGUUGUACCCCAAAUUCACAGAUGCGCAUCGUUGUCUGCAUUUGAAAUACAACACAAAACCCCAACUAUCAAAAAAGUAAUGCCCAUACCAAAAGCCCAUUAUGGAGGACGACAUACAGUUACCCUUUUGCCUGGUGCUGGAAUUGGCCCAGAAUUGAUGAACUAUGUGAAAGAGGUUUUUAGUUAUGCAGGUGUACCAGUAGAUUUUGAGGAUGUAGAAAUUGAUCCAAAUGCAAAUGAUAACGUUGAUUUAGAUUAUGCUAUUACAUCAAUUCGUAGGAAUGGUGUAGCACUGAAAGGAAACAUCGAAACUCGUAGUACAGAAGCUGGUGUACUCUCCCGAAAUGUUGCUCUUCGAAACGAGUUAGAUCUUUAUGUAAAUGUCUUGCAUUGUGUAUCGUAUCCUGGGGUAAAUUCACGACAUAAAAAUAUUGAUAUUGUUAUUGUUAGACAAAAUACAGAGGGAGAAUAUGCUAUGUUAGAGCAUGAAAGUGUCAAUGGUGUUGUAGAAAGCAUGAAGGUUAUUACAAGUGUUAAUUCUGAACGUGUAGCAAGAUACGCAUUUGAGUAUGCUAAACGAAAUGGAAGAAAAAAGGUUACCACAGUUCAUAAAGCAAAUAUAAUGAAACUUUCUGAUGGGUUGUUUUUAGAAAUAUCAAAAAAAGUUGCAAAAGAUUAUCCAGAUAUUACUCAUAAUAAUAUGAUUAUUGAUAAUACGUGUAUGCAAUUGGUCUCCAAUCCACAUCAAUUUGAUAUAAUAUUAACAACCAAUUUAUAUGGAGCAAUUGUAUCAAAUGUAGUAUGUGGUUUAUUAGGUGGUGCUGGAUUAUUAGCAGGCAAAAAUUUUGGUGAUCAUUAUACAAUUUUCGAACCAGGUACUCGUAACACUGGUACAGGUAUUGCCGGAAAAAAUAUUGCUAAUCCUAUUGCAAUGUUAAAUGCUGCUGUUGAUAUGUUACGUCAUCUUGGACAUAAGCAUCAUGCUUCUUUAAUUCAGAAUGCCAUCAAUAAAACUAUAAACCAAGGUGUGCAUACUCGUGAUCUUGGUGGACAAGCUACCAGUAGAGAAGUUGUUGAUACCAUUAUGAAACACAUUAAAACAGCAUAUGAUUAA